AUGUGUAUCUUGGGGACAGAGGCUGGGCUGGUGCUGGCUGACACCCUGCCUUUGUCUCCCUAGGCAACAGGUCCCUUCCUGCACAUUGGAAUCGUGGGGGGAAUGACUCUCCUUGCCUGGCCCCUGGCCAGCUUCAUCUACCGCACCCACAAUACAGGUCUCAAGGUGUUACUGCUGCUUGUGUACUGCACAGUGAUGAUUGCACUGUAUCUGGCUCCCCUGGCAAUCACCUCCCCUUGCAUCAUGGAGGAGAACCAGUUGCCCCCCAAGCCAGCCUUGGUUGGCCAUCGAGGAGCACCCAUGCUGGCCCCUGAGAACACCCUUAUGUCACUGCACAAGGCGGUGGACUGUGAUGUGCAAGUCUUUGAGACAGACGUCAUGGUGAGUGCUGACGGGGUCCCAUUCCUCAUGCAUGACGAGCAGCUCACCAGGACCACCAAUGUGCUGGCUGUGUUCCCUGAGAGGGCUGCCCUGAACAGCACUGCCUUCAACUGGACAGACCUCCAGCAGCUGGAUGCUGGCAGCUGGUUUUUGGAGAGGAGACCAUUUCCUACCGUGCAGAGUCUUUCUGAUGGUGAUCGCUACCAGGCAACACAACAGAGGAUCCCAUCCCUGGAACAGGCGCUAGAGGCAGCCAAGCAGAGCAAUAUCUCCAUCAUGUUUGACCUCCGGCCUGAGAACCACAGUGACUACCAGAACUUCGUCAAUGCCACCCUGGGAGUGAUCUUACAGUCAGGCAUCCCACUACAGCAGGUCUUCUGGCUUCCAGAUGGGUUCAGGGAACAGGUCAAACAGCAAGCCCCAGGUGUUCAACAAGUCUAUGGGCGGAAGAGACUCCAGAAUGAGAAGGAGCCACUGCUGCGUGUCAAUUUGCCCUACCAGGACAUGAGCUCUGAGGAGAUCAGGCAGUACCGCCAGGACAACAUUUCUGUCAACUUGUAUGUGGUGAACCAGCCCUGGCUCUUCUCUGUGCUGUGGUGCUCUGGGGUGAGCUCUGUCACCACCAAUGCCUGCCAGGUGCUGAAGGAGAUGAAACAUCCCAUCUGGCUGCUUCCCAGCAGCACGUACCUCAUGAUCUGGAUUGUUGUAGACUGUGCUUCCUUCCUUGUCAUCCUCUGGGCCUUCCUCUUGAUGAAGAAAUGCUCCUACAGAAGACGGCCAGCGGAGUCUGAGACGGAUGUGCUGCUCACAAAGAUCAACAGCUUGAUGCAAGAGUGA